AUGCUGAUUAAAUUCACACUGUCCCUGCUGCUGCUCUCCGUAUUGGGGGAAGUGGUAGGAACGGAUAAUCCUGAUGUGCACGAGAGUCACCCCGAGAAACCGGCCAGUCAGAAGGGACGUCUCUCGUUACAGAACACAGCUGAGAUCCAGCACUGUCUUGUGAGUGCAGGAGAUGUGGGCUGCGGGGUGUUUGAGUGUUUCGAAAACAACUCGUGUGAAAUUCGGGGCCUCCAGGAAAUCUGCAUGACCUUCUUGCACAAUGCUGGCAAGUUCGACUCGCAGGGCAAGUCGUUCAUCAAGGAUGCACUGAAGUGCAUGGCUCAUGGCUUGAGGCACAAAUUUAGUUGCAUCAGCCGAAAAUGCCUGGCCAUAAAGGAUAUGGUCUUCCAGCUUCAGCGGGAAUGCUACAUGAAACACAACCUCUGCUCGGCUGCUAAAGACAACGUCAAUGUCAUGGUGGAGAUGAUACAUUUCCAAGACUUAUUUCCCAAAGGGCCUUACGUUGAGCUGGUGAACAUUUUACUGGGCUGUGGACAAGAGGUGAAGGAAGCCAUUACUCGGAGUGUGCGUCUGCAGUGUGAGCAGAACUGGGGCGCUUUGUGCGACAGCCUGAGCUUUUGUACAUCUAUGACUGCCGCUCCAGCAUCCGGUGGCCAUGAGCGACGUCCGGCGCUUACCUCUCAUUCGGAUGGGGAGCACCACAAGAGCGCUCGACAAGGAGACAAAGAGAAGCCUGGCAAGGCUGGGUUUAAUACCCAGAUGAGAAUUCGAAGCCAAGGCAUGCGCCGCGCCAGUUUAGAUGCCGUAGUCGCCGAGCAGGAAGACUCAAAGAUAAGUGACAUCCGAAGGUGA